UUUUAUUUUGACAGGCGGUGAAUCGGAGACCUGCUGCUUCACCCUGAGCAGAAAAACGGUGGAAAACAGACCAGCUGAAACCGGACGCCCUGUGAGCUGUAAAACCCGGCAUGGAUCACUUCCUGGAUUUUGAGGAGUGUAUCCGUGACUCUCCGGUUUUCAGGCUGUCUUUGGAGCGUCGUGAGAAUGAUCUUGAGGAGCUGGAGAGUCGCAUGGAGAAGGUGAUAAGGUCGUGUAAUAAGAUGGUGGAUGAUGGUCAGGUGUUUUGUUCAUCUAAUCAACUCUUCCUGUCUGCACUGUCUGAUCUCACCACACAUCAUAAAAACAACACUGCUGUAGAGAACUGUCUGCAGCAGUUUAAUCAGGCGCUGCAGGAGAUGAUCCACUUUCAUACAAUUCUGCUUGACCAGACUCGGAGAGCGAUCACACAACAGCUCACAAAUCUAUUGACGCAGUUCCUCCCCCCUCUGCGUUCUGCUCGCUGUGAGUGUGUACGGAUCAGAGAUGAACUGAACACAGCACUGGUUAAGAACGCUCAGGUUCCACAAUACAAAGUGACUGAAGCACAGCGACACACACACUUGCUGCUAGCAACGCGCAAGUGCUACACACACUGCAGCCUGGAUUACUGCCUACAGCUGAAUAAUUUCCUCACACAACAGAAGCUGGACACACUGAACUCAGUUUUUUCCUUUUUUCAUGCGCAAAACACGUUUUUUCAUCAGGGCUUUGAUCUGCUAAAAGAUCUGGAGCCCACCAUGAAGAUCAUGGCAGCCGAGCUCUCUGGACUCUCAUCUAAAUGUAUGAAGAGAAAGAAGAACCUGGAACAUCAGCACUUGCUCGUUCAGCAGAGAGAUGCCUGCGGGGAGCCUGUGCUGUUCAGUGGAGGAGCGAUUGAAGGAUAUCUUUUUAAACGCUCGCGGAGGAAAAAUAAAACUUGGAAGAGGUGUUGGUUUUCAGUGAAUCAUAAUCAGCUGAUUUACACCAAAUCACACAAGGAGCAGCCACUUGUGCUCUUUGAUGAUCUCCGCUUGUGUGCUGUAAAAUCUCUGGACUCUAUCGAUCGUCGUUUCUGUUUUGAGCUGCUGUCUGUGCAGAAGAGUUGUGUUUUACAGGCAGAUACGGAGGAAUUAAAGAUGGUGUGGAUGAACGCAGUGCAGAGUCAUAUUGACAUGGCAUACAGAGACAGAGUACAGUCUGAACAUACACAGGUUAAGGAUGGAUCCCUUCCUGCUCCUGCUUCCACCCCCCUACCUGGUCCUCUUAACGCGGUUCUCUGUACCCAUGGUAACCACCACUGCUGUGACUGUGGGGAGGCGGAGCCUCGUUGGGCCAGUGUGAACCUCGGAAUCACGGUGUGCAUCGAGUGUUCUGGCAUCCAUAGGAGUCUUGGAGUACAUCUGUCUAAGGUUCGCUCUCUUACUCUGGAUUCAUGGGAUCCUGAACAGAUAAAGCUCUUGUGUGUUCUGGGUAAUGAUGUCAUCAAUGGAAUUUAUGAAUGUCACCUGUCUGAGAUGGAGAAACCCAACUCUGAUAGCGCACGGCAGCAAAAGGAGGUGUAUAUCAGAAAGAAGUAUGUGGAGAGGAAGUUUGUUCAGGGAUGUGACCCUCAUCUCACCGAGGAGACAGUUCAGCAGUGGGCAGGGCGGAGGCUGUAUGAUGCAGCGUUGUGCGGUGACAUCGUCUCCAUGGCUCUGGCUCUGGCUCAGGGAGGUGACGUGAACUGGACUAACGCUGAAGGACGGACGCCUCUGAUUGGUGCAGCACUUGGAGGAUCCUUGGUUGCGUGCGAAUUCCUUCUGCAAAAUGGUGCAAACGCCAAUCACAGAGACCAACAUGGACAUGCAGCCAUACACACGGCUACAACACGGGGACACACAGGGCAGGUGUGUCUCCUGUUGAAGAGAGGAGCCAAUCAGUACGCAGCAGAUGAAAAGGGAAAGGACCCCCUUAGUAUCGCCAUGGAAACGGCUCACGCUGACAUCGUGACUCUGUUGAGAAUGGCCCGUAUGAAUGAAGAAAUGAGAGAGUCUGAAGGAUUUUUUGGAUCAGUGGGAGACGAUGAAACAUUUCAGGAUAUUGUUCGUGAUUUCAGCAACAUGGCAUCUCACGAUCCAGAGCAACUGAUGCGCAGACACUUCAGGGCUCAGGAUGAAUCGCAGGAAGAACGGACGGACGGAAAGACACCAGAGACGAGCGUACGACAGGACGAGUGAGCUGUCCUGCCCUGAGUGGACCAGUUUAGCUGUAGUUCUGGCUGAAGGUUUAGGUUUAGAGUUGAGUGUUUAGGGUCAUUAAUGAAUUGUAGAGUUCAGAGUAGAAUUUCAUCCGGUGACUGAAGCGGAUCAACAAGGGAUUACUAAAAAGAUAUAAAAUAACUGAUCUGAUCUCCUUAAACAAAGUGUCUAACAAGUUAAAGGUGGGGUCUCCGAUUUUUGAGAAAUACUUCAGAAAACUGCGUCGGGCCGAAUAAUAAACAAAAAUCAAAACUAACGUGUAGCCAAUGAGCAGAAAGGGGCGUGUCUUGUCAAUAUGGGUGGAGAGAGUGUUCAGUGCGCAUGUGUGACAUUAGCAGAAAGAGGUUUUAACAUUGACAUGGAGGAUAAAAACAAAGAAAGAAAGACUUACGAUAAGGUAAGAAGUAGGACGUGUUAAUAUAGGAUCAGCUUUCCAGUGCUGGAGAGAACUGAAGGAGCAGGAAGUUGGUCACAUAUUCACAGAUUGGAGUUU